UAUCGACAGUUUGAUUUGACUCUUGAGGCUUAAAGCUCAUGGUGUGGUGUGAUUUAUUUAUUUUUGUUAAUUAAUUUUGUUAAAUAUUUCGUAUACUUAAUCAAACCCAGACCACGUAAAUAAGCACAGACGAUAGAGAUGGAUCCUAACCUAUCUGAUAGCGGAUGCGGAAGUGAAGAAUACACGGCGGGUGUCCGACUUGUUGUUUUGAAUUUACCAGAAGAUGAAGGCGAAGGCCUUGGAUUUCGGCUCACGAGGACGCUGUGGGAUCCUUACCCUUGGGUGCGGGAUGUAACUCCAGGAGCGAGGGCAGACUCAGCAGGCUUGAAGACGGGAGACUGCUUGCUGCAGGCCGAUGGGAAAGACUUGCUUGGAUUACCGGUAGGUCAAGUGGCUGGCUUGAUUCGCGGUGAUGGCGCCGGUAGAGGAGUGUCCCUACUUGUGUGGAACUGCGGCGUGGACCCUAAAGAUGAUCCAGAGUUGCUGUGGAGCUGCGGUGGCGGGGCUCGCGGCGAACGCUCGAGACGCGCGCUGGCUGGCGUAGUAAAGGCGCUAUCUUGCUGCGUCUGCGCAUCGACAGCUACUAGGGCACUAAACUGCGCCCGGUCUCACAUCUAUUGCGAGGCCUGCUGGACAAGAUUGGAGCGAUGCGCGUUAUGCAGAGAAACCCUUCCUCCAAAAGACUCGCCGUAUGCCAGAAACCUUGUAGCAGAACAAGUGUUUGAAGCAAUAGCGACAGAGUACGAAAUCAAAGACACCCUCAAGAAACCAAGAGAGACUGUAUCAGCGUAUACAUCCCCGAACCGGUCUCCCAACACCUCCCCAGCUGCACACAGGAGAGGACAAUACCAAAUGUCCAUGAUGAACCGCAAAAAAGCCGUCCAAUUCAACGAACUAGGACAAAACUACGGCUCAGAUUCGAACAUACAUCGUUCUUUAAAUCACGAGUUUAUCAGAAGGAUACCAAAUGUCGCCAACUCAACUACACUACCUGGCAACUCUGGUUGUAGCUGUCAAAAAACACAGACUAUACCGCAAAUCAAAAUUGAAGACACUGAAGCAAACGAAGGGUGCUCAAAUAACUGCCAAAACGCGAUUCAACACAGACUAGUGGCGAGGUUGAGGCAAGCGUGCUCGUUAGCUGACCUCAAAAACGCGCCUAUCCAGCCCUGUCAGCUGUCUAGGUCUCUAAAUAGUUUAGGCGAUUGCAAAGGGCACCACUCUUCGUUGGAUAACCUGAAGAAUACUUCUACAAAUUGUGAUGCACCGGUAUUUGUUCUAUCUACACCACCAAUCUACGUGUUAGCCUGUGAUCAUAAUAAAAAUGAGUAGAUUGUGUAAUGUUUACAUACAUAGUUAGAUAAUAGUUAUUUUUGUAUGAUUUUAAUAAUUUUACAUUAAUUUAUUGUUGUACCUAUUUGAAAUAAAUUUAUAAAACUACCAAAGUAGUAAGAAUUUUGUCAUGUUUGCAACCCUAAAAACGUUUUGUUUUGCCACAAAAACAUUAUUUUGUGAGAAUUUAUUUUGAAUAAACCUAUUGAAGU